UUGUUUCCCCCUAACCUCUAAAAAACAAUGUGUGAAAAUUGACAAUUGACAUGUGAAUUUGAGUUUUUAGAAUAAUUCUUUAUUACUUUAGAGCUUCAUAAUGUUCGAGCCAUUAAUCGUUGUAAUUUAAACUUGAUCUCUUUCCUGUUCAACCGUUUUAUCUUUCAUUUGUGAUUUAUCAGUGAAUUUCAAUCAAGAUGGUGCGCAAGUUGAAGUAUCAUGAACAGAAACUUUUGAAGAAAGUUGACUUUAUUAAUUGGAAAGUUGAUAACAACCUUCACGAAGUCAAAAUACUCAGACGCUAUCGUGUUCAAAAGCGGGACGACUAUACAAAGUACAACAAGCUUUCUCGUGAAAUCAGAACUAUCGUCAGGAAAAUUAAGGAAUUGGAUCCCAAAGACCCCUUUAGAAUUCAGUCUUCAGCUCAGUUCCUUGAAAAAUUGUACGUCAUAGGUUUAAUACCGAGUAAAAAGGAUCUUUCACUCUGUGAUGAAGUAACAGCAAGUUCGUUUUGCCGACGGAGAUUACCUGUGGUAAUGGCAAGAAACAAGAUGGCAGAAAACUUGACAAGUGCAACCCAAUUCAUUGAGCAAGGACAUGUUCGUGUAGGAACAGAAAUUGUCAAAGACCCUGCAUUUCUAGUCACCAGGAACUUGGAAGAUUUUGUAACGUGGGUUGAUUCAUCCAAAAUUCGGCAACAUGUUUUGGAGUAUAAUGAUGAGAGGGACGAUUUCAAUUGAGGAACAGAUAGUGAAAGAAUUUCUCAAAGGCCUCUCUGUAGAUAUUGUAAAUAAAUAAGGAAUCGAAAUGCAAAAAAGUGUCACCUCAGGUUAAUUUUAUAAAAAAAUAUUCAAUAUAUGAUUGUUGAAUUACUAA